AUGUACUAUCAAGAGCAGAUACCUAAAAUAUUUGGUGAACAAUGUAAAAUUCCUAAUAAGAAUGGUCUGUAUGAUAUGGCUAUUGAGAAAAUUAUGCAAAAUGGAUGGCUGUCAGGUAUUGAAUUAAUUCAGAAAAAAUUAACGCCGAAAACCUACAAUUCAUUGAUUGAAUCGAAGUUAAAAUUAUUAAUUCCAAUUCAAUCGUCUGCCACUUCAGAAUUUCCAAGUACUAUAACAACGGGUGAGAACAUCUUUUUAUUGUUACAGGAAAAGACAGCACUGUUGGAAAUUUUCGUACCUACCAAGAAGCAACUUCGUACGAAAAGUAGUUGA